CUUUGCUAACAUUAUUUUUAAAAGUUAAAAAAAGUAAUUUAUGUGAAAAUGAGUACAACGGAGUUGUGGUUCGACGAUUCAUCGGACGAUGAAAGAUUAGUGGAACUAGCUAGAAGUAGAAAACAGUUGAGGGACGCCUCCAACCCCCUAGAAAUGGCUUCCACUGAAUUUUUAAAGAACUUUAGAUUAUCUAAAGAGGCGUUUGUGAACCUACUGUCCACUACAGAAAACCAGUUGCAGCAGUGCACCCGAGCCAAAUCGAUUCCUAAUAUUUUAAAGCUAGCCACAGUUCUGCGAUUUUGUGCUCAGGGAUCGUACCAAUUGAGUAUUGGUAAUGAAGGUAUGAUAGGACUUGCUCAACCCACUGUGUCUGUUGUGCUAUCAGAAAUAAUAGAUGUCCUGGAAAAUUAUAUUUGCCAAAGAUGGGUAAAAUUUAGUAGCACAGAGGCUGACCUGCAACAAAGAAAAGCACAUUUUUAUAGCAAAUACCCAACGAUGAUGUUGAAGAUAUUGAAUUUUGGACCAGAAGCUCUGGGCUGGGAUUUGACGCGGACAAAACUGUGA